CUUUGAGAGCUGUCAGGACUCGGAGGAGAUUAUGUGAACAGGUGUCCUUCCGUGGUCUGCCACGCUGUAUGUGGGCCGGCUAGAUGAAGAAAACAUAGUUACAAAGUAAACAACCAGGAUUCAUCACAUUACUGCUUCGGACUACACGAGGAUUAAAAGCGGCUGGUGAUUAUGACUGAAGUUGUUUACAAAAAACCUCAGGAGGAGUAUGAAGACGACUUUGAGAAGGAUCUGGACUGGUUGAUCAGUGAGGACAGUCGAAGCGAGGACCAGGGUUCUGACUUUGAGGACAUAGAAGCCAAAAUAGACAAAGAACUGGAGGAGGAAGAGAAACUCCAAGGAGGGAAAACAAAGAACAAGAGUGGCAAAAGAAUAGAACAUUUUGAAGAAGAUGAAGAGAGGUGGCCGUCUCCACCACUGGAGUAUGACUCAGAUCAAGAUUGCCCAAGUAAAUUGUCACCUGUACUCCCUCCACCUCCAGAGAUGAAUGAGCAGACAGAUGAGGAGAAGAAGUACAUAUUGGAGAAGAUCCAGCAAGCGAACAGGGAGCUGCAGGAGCAAGAGACACCAGAUAUGACAAGACGGAGGCGGCUUCAUUUUAAAGAGACAUUGGUGGACUUAGUGGUGCCUCCAUUCCAGUUUGAGAAAGAUGUCAACGUUGGUGAGGGAGACGGAGUGAAGGGCAACAAAAAUAGAGCCAAGGAUGGAGAUCCAGAAACGGAAGUGUGUGGAAAGAUGUCUGAGCUGAAGCUUUCCCCUCGUGAUGAAAGCAAGGAAUGCAGAAGGCUUAGCCGUGAAGAAGGGCAGGGGACGAAGGAGGGAAGAGUGCUUGUGGAAAAGGAUGGGAAGUUUGAUCUUGUCAGCAUUAAAGAGGUGGAGAGUCAGAACCUUCUUCCUCCUAUAGCAACCAACUUUAGAGACUGUUCACAUACCUCAUCUCGUGUCCAGCAGCAGACGGUGAAUCCCGGAAAGACGCACAGUCCCACCCACUCUCCUGGGCUCCGUAUGGGCUCCUCCUCUUCCCACCAGAGCUUCAAUCCCCCUCAUGCUCCAAGACCUCCACCACAGCCCAGGAUAAGGCCAAAUUCAGCCACCCACAGUCAGAGAGUCACCCAGGACAAAAAUAACAAGCGGCGAGUGCAGUCUGCCACUGGGACACCUUGCCAACCCACCUACACCCUCUCCCAGCAGCAGAAAGACCUGCUGCAGAGGAUCCAGGAGAAGAAGGCCAGGAUGGCCAGAGAGGCGGAGGACCAGAAGAAUGAGCAAGAGGAACAGAAGAGGCAGGAGAACGAACAGGCGUUCCAAGCCUGGUUGAUGAGGAAGAGAAAGCAGCUUCAGGAGGAGAGAAGGAUCCAUCGAGCACAGGAGAUAGAGAGGACAAAUUGCAACAAAGACUUGGCUGACUCGGAGGAUGCCUUCAGGUUGUGGCUUCAGAGGAAACGGGAGAAGCAGCAGAAAGACAGACAGCUUGUGGAGAUAAGGAGGCUGGAGGAGGACAGUGAUUACCUGUUACACAGCCGCGAAGAGUGUGAACGUGCCUUCAAACUCUGGCUGAGGCGGAAGCGGGAAGAGAAGCGAGUAGAGCAGCUGGCUGCACGAGAGCAAUCCCGCAGACUGGUGCUGGAAGAGCGACGUGCACGACGUAUGAGGGACCUGCUGUGCACAAUCAAUGAAACCAGGCCUUUCAGGUUCAACGAACAGCUGGCCUAUCGCUUCUGAACCACAAACCAAGCAUGUCCUCUGAAUUCAUACCUCAUGACUUUCCUCUCAUCCAAAAAGCUGAUUAAAAUGUAUUUUCUGAAUUACUCUGUUGAAAUACUUGAGUAAAUCUACCACAGCUUGGAAUACACAAGACUGGGUAAAAUAUGAUGCAUGCCUACUCUAGGAUAUGAUUCAUUUUAUGUCUGUGUUGCAUUAAAGGUUAUCUUAAAAAAAAAAAGUAUACCACAGUGACCUCUUCUCGUUCGAAAUGUCCAUAUAACCAAUCAAUUUUGAAUAUGAAAUAUAGUCUGGUGAAUGUCUUUUGACUGUGUUUAUGUACAUUUUGUGAUGUAGCAGAUGCACUUUAUUUCAUGUACUCGGAGCUCUUUGACUUAAAACUAACAGCUGAGCUGUUUCUUACUGUAUGUCUUUUAUCAGUGUCUCAUUAAAUAUAGUCCAUGCAGAAA